CCAAAUUCAAUUCCUAUUCUGAUUUCCUUCCGUUCCUCUUUAAAUUCUCCAUCUACUCUCCAAUCCGUACAAAUUUCUUCUCAUCAAAGAUUCAAAGCUUUCAACUUUAACACUCAAUCUUCAUCGUCAAUUCCGAUCAUAGUGAGUUGAAACAGUUGAUUACUAGUUGUUGGACUUCGAUUUCGCAAUUAUGUUUUUUGACGGGUAUGGAUAUCAUGGAACAUCAUUUGAGCAAACAUACCGAUGCUACCCUGCGUCAUUCAUUGAUAAGCCGCAGAUAGAGAAUGGUGACAAAAUUAUAAUGCCUCCUUCUGCCCUUGAUCGGCUAGCAUCACUUCACAUUGAUUACCCAAUGUUGUUUGAGCUUCGAAAUGCUGCUACAGACCGUGUUUCUCACUGUGGGGUUCUGGAGUUUAUUGCGGAAGAGGGCAUGAUAUAUAUGCCUUACUGGAUGAUGGAGAAUUUACUACUACAAGAAGGUGACACAGUAAGAGUAAAAAAUGUAACUCUUCCCAAGGGUAAAUAUGUCAAGUUGCAACCACACACGAAGGAUUUCUUGGAUAUUUCCAACCCGAAGGCCAUCUUGGAGACAACACUGAGAAAUUUUUCUUGCUUAACCACUGGAGAUAGUAUUAUGGUGGCUUACAACAAUAAAAAGUAUUACAUAGACAUAGUUGAGUCGAAGCCCUCUAAUGCAAUAAGCAUCAUUGAGACAGACUGCGAGGUAGACUUUGCACCUCCUCUUGAUUAUAAAGAACCUGAAAGACCAGUUCCAUCUCUUCCAAGCAAGACUCCAGCUGAAGGUGAAGAGGCUGCAGCAGAGGAGGAGCCGAAAUUCAACCCUUUUACUGGUUCAGCAAGACGAUUGGAUGGGAAACCUCUGAAACAGCAACCUCCACCUGUUUCCACAUCUGGGUCUAAAGACAAGCGACCUGAUAUGGCAAAUGCUACUGGACAGUCAGCUGCCGGUUCAAGCUCUCAAAGCUCCAAUCGUCAGACACAGGGGAAGCUUGUCUUUGGGUCAAAUGCAAACCGGAAUCCGGAUAAACAAAAGGAACCUGUGAAGGAACCCGUGAAGGAGGAACCUCAAAAGAAAGAAGAGCCAAAGUUUCAAGCUUUCACUGGGAAAAAGUACUCCUUGAGGGGUUAACUGUAAUAUAUUCAUGUUAUUUAUCCUCUGUUUUCACAUCAUAUCUGCUCAGUCAAAUUACAUGGACUAUGUGAUCAAUGUAUAAUCAAUCGACUUAGUUUUUGUUCCAAAGAAACUGAUAUACAGUUUCCAACUAAACCCCGGAUUUCUGGGCUUUUAAACUUUCACAUAGUUUGUUUACAAGUGCUUAUUAUUCAGCCA